GUGAAAAAGGGGCUUUUAGUAAAAUUGUCCAAGAAAGGUGUGCAUGUAGAAAUUUUCCGUUACUUUUAGUAAUAUAGUUGGGCCCAGCCCAUAUUAGAUGGAUAAUAGGACCUUCUAAUCAACUAUAAAUUGUUGGCUUCACCUUUGAGUUAUUCAUCUUUUGUAAAAGCAUUCAGCUACUCUCUCUCUCUCUUCUUUCUCUCUCUCUCUCUCUCUCUCUCUCUCUCUCUCUCUCUCUCUCUCUAUAUCUAUAUAUAUAUAUAUAUACUGUGUCGCGGAGCUCUCUCGGGCGACCAACAAUGCAGACAGGUAUUUUAUUACAAGAGAUUUUAAAAUACAAAAGAGAUUUUCCGCCAGCUGAUUAUUCACUGAAGGUGGACUCAUACACUUUGCUUUCGGAAUCAAAGACGGAAAAAUAUGAUACCAAUGUCUUUGAAGUUGGAGGCUAUAAAUGGAGAUUGUCCUUUUACCCUAAUGGAGACAAGAAGAAUAAUGGGAGUGGUUAUAUCUCCCUCUACUUGGUAAUUGCUGAAACAGACACUUAUGCUCCUGGUUGGAAAGUCAAUGUUAACUUUAAAUUUUUUGUUUAUGACCAAAUGGAGGACAAAUAUUUAACCUUGCAAGAUGCUAAUGGAGCUGUCAGGCGUUUUCACGCAAUGAAGAAAGAAUGGGGAAUUGCACAAUUACUUCCACUUGAAACGUUUAAAGACCCUGCUUUUGGAUAUCUUGUUAAUGACUCAUGUGUGUUUGGAGUGGAGGUUUUUGUUAUCAACUACACUGGAAAUUGGGAAUCUAUAUCCCUGGUUAAGAAGCCAAACAACGGCACUUUCACUUGGAAAAUCGAAAACUUCUCCAACUUAGAUAAACCUGACUAUUGGUCUGAAGUGUUUAAUGUAGAAGGAAUUAAUUGGAAGUUAAAUGUUUCCGCAAAUGGAGACAGUAAAGCGAAGGACAAAUCAUUCUCAUUUUAUUUAGCACUGGAAAAUUGGGGAAGUCAUCCAAUGAAGAAAGCAGUAUAUGCAGAAUACAAUUUAAGAGUAUUCAACCAAUUGGAUGAUGAUCAACAUGUUGAAAAAAAAGCUUCCAACUGGUUCAAAUACGAAAUUGGCUGGGGUUUUCGAAAUUUUAUGUCAUUGAGGGAUCUUCGUGAUGCUUCUAAAGGGUUCAUUGUGAAGGACACCCUGAUUGUCGAAGUUGUCUUCCUUGUUAUUUCUGUGGCUGAUGUUUCUUCUGUUAGAAAAUCACUGUUUCCACUCAAAAAGAAUCCCUUCAUUAGUUCACGUCCGUCGACACCAUCCACUUAGUAUUGUAUUAUAAUUCAAUUGCAUUUUAAAUAUUGUUUUACAAAUAUUCCAAUGUGUAUUAUACAGGAAGAAAGACACCAAACAACCACCACAUUCGCAUUAAUAACAAUAAUCAUUUUAAUAGUAAUAAUAGUAUUAAUAUAACAUA